GCCACCUAGACCACUGAGAAGACCCACAGCCUCUCUGUGCACUAGUCUAGUGUUCCUUACAUAACAAUUUACACCACGAUGGAGCUUUUGGGUCUCAGACAGCCCAUCACUCUAUUUCAAGAGGAAAAGUAUCAGAUGCUGGAGCUAAACCAGCGUCUGGAGUCAUACCUGGGCCGCGUGAAGCUCCUGGAGGAGGAGAACAAGCUACUGCGAGAAGAGAUCCACACACUCAAGAAGAACAGAGACCCACCAGGCCAACACAAAGCUCAGGAGGAGGUGCUCAACCAAACCAGGAAAAUAAGGGAAAAAGCAUGGAGAGAGAAAGAUCGUGUGGAGAUGGAGGUGGAGAACCUGAUAGAGGAUAUCGAGAUGGUGAGCGUUCAGAGGCAGAAAGAGAAAACGGCCCAGGCUGAGGCGCAGAGAAGACUCGCAGAUAGCAGAAAGGAGCUCGAGGAGGAGCGCCGAGCUCAGAUUUGGCUCCGGGAAAAGGGCACCCAACUGGAAAAAGACCUCAUGCUACAGAUGCAAGUCCACCAGGAGAACAUGCAAACUUUGCAGGCCUCUCUGAAACAGACAAAGCAAGUCCUGAUGGCUCCUCAGUCCAUUCAAACUAUGAGUAUUCCAGACAUAGGACAGGAGUUUAGCCACAGAGCAGCUCAGGUCUGGAAGGAGGCAACCAGCAACUAUCAGAGACAGGUAGGAUGUCUGGAGGAAAGUUUGAAUCAGGCCAAGAGCAACAUGGCAAAGAUUGAUCAGGAGAAAAGAGAAAACCAGCAUCAGCUUCAAUACGUGGCUAAGGAGCUGGAGAGCACGAAGAUAAAGAGAGAGAUGCUGGAGAAGCACAUGGUGCAACAGAGGGAGGAACAUAGAAUGGACCUUCAACAUUUUCAGGCAAAAGUAGACGCUCUGGAAGAGGAGAAGGACACUCUGGGACAGGAGAUAGACAGUCUGAUGAUGGACAGACAGAACCUGCUGCAGGUGAAGAUGUCUCUUGGACUGGAAGUGGCCACGUACAGAGCCCUGCUGGACAGUGAGGGCAUGAGAAGCAACAGACCUGCAACAAACAAGACUAAUUCUACUGUUCUUCUAGAUGCUCUCUCAAAGCCCACCGGGACCCAUCCAGCUUCAAAGACCACUGCUGCUUCCAGCCAUUUCAGCAGUAUUGUGUCUACAAGUCACAGAUCAAUCACCUCAUCACGCAAUCUGCUGACCAAUGCAGCUCCGACAUGGCCCCCGGCUCGAGGGACUCCACAAAAACCACCAUCCAGAAUGCCAAUAACAGACAAGAAAGAAAAAACUGCAGAAGAUCAUUUGCGGUCAGAGAAUGACCUUCAAGACAAUGCCUUCACAGCAACUCCUUCCCAAACAGUGCCAGACAGUGUCACAGCAAAACCAAAACCAGAAGAUAUUGAGGUCCAGAAAGAGAGAGAGUCAAAACACCCUCAGACUCAGAUGACUCAAAUGAUUGAAUCUAGAACCAGUGAAUCUGUAUUGAUGAGUGUCCUACCAAGCUGCCUCUCCCUGACUCCUGAAAGAGAGAGCUGGUCUGGUCCAUUCACAGAACCUGCUGGGGUUUUAGAAGAAAGUAAAGAUGAAGAAACCGAGGUUUCUGUGGAGAUGGCUCGGAUCUCACACACACCCACGGUGGCCUGGGAAGAAAAUAAAACGCUUACAGAGGAUGAAAAAGAGGACGCCUCUGAAAUGGAUGUCAAAUCAGAGAUUAUUAGUGAAAGUCACGUUAUUGGGUCUGGAGUUGAAGAAAGUGAUAAUAAAAGUCAAGUCGGUGAAAACACAAAUAUACUGGCUUCUUCAAUGCAAGAGAAUGGAUCAUUAUACUCAGUGGAUGAAGAUCUAAUGAGGAUAGAUGAACAGGACAAUGUGAGCAAUAUGAGUGAGGACAUCACAGAGCUGAUGAACAGUGAAACAGAAGCAGCAAUGGAUUUGAUUAUUGAGUGGGACAGAGAAGAAGACAAACAGGAACAGAAUGAGAAGAAAAUGAUGAGUCCUGACUUUGAGGUUGAGGAGAAGGAGGAGAUGAAAGUGACAAGCACUGAUGCUGAGAAACAAAAUGCGAUGAAAGUGAUGAUCCCAGAUGCUGAGGAACAAAAUGAGAUGAAUGUGAUGAUCCCAGAUGCUGAGGAACAAAAUCAGAUGAAUGUGAUGAGAACUGAUGCUGAGGAACAAAAUGAGAUGAAUGUGAUGAUCCCAGAUGCUGAGGAACAAAAUGAGAUGAAUGUGAUGAGAACUGAUGCUGAGGAACAAAAUGAGAUGAAUGUGAUGAGAACUGAUGCUGAGGAACAAAAUGAGAUGAAUGUGAUGAGCUCUGACGCUGAUCCUGAGGAACAAAAUGAGAUGAAUGUGAUGAGAACUGAUGCUGAGGAACAAAAUGAGAUGAAUGUGAUGAUCCCUGAUGCUGAGAUAAGGGAACAAAAUGAGAUGAAUGUGAUGAGCACUGAACAUGAGGUUGAGGAACAAAAUGAGAUGAAAGUGAUGAGUGCUGAUGCUGAGGAACAAAAUGAGAGGAAUGUGAUGAGCGGUGACGCUGAUGCUGAGGAACAAAAUGAGAUGAAUGUGAUGAGUGCUGACGCUGAUCCUGAGGAACAAAAUGAGAUGAAUGUGAUGAGAACUGAUGCUGAGGAACAAAAUGAGAUGAAUGUGAUGAGCGGUGACGCUGAUGCUGAGGAACAAAAUGAGAUGAAUGUGAUGAGUGCUGACGCUGAUCCUGAGGAACAAAAUGAGAUGAAUGUGAUGAGAACUGAUGCUGAGGAACAAAAUGAGAUGAAUGUGAUGAGAACUGAUGCUGAGGAACAAAAUGAGAUGAAUGUGAUGAGAACUGAUGCUGAGGAACAAAAUGAGAUGAAUGUGAUGAGCUCUGACGCUGAUCCUGAGGAACAAAAUGAGAUGAAUGUGAUGAGAACUGAUGCUGAGGAACAAAAUGAGAUGAAUGUGAUGAUCCCUGAUGCUGAGAUAAGGGAACAAAAUGAGAUGAAUGUGAUGAGCACUGAACAUGAGGUUGAGGAACAAAAUGAGAUGAAAGUGAUGAGUGCUGAUGCUGAGGAACAAAAUGAGAGGAAUGUGAUGAGCGGUGACGCUGAUGCUGAGGAACAAAAUGAGAUGAAUGUGAUGAGCUCUGACGCUGAUCCUGAGGAACAAAAUGAGAUGAAUGUGAUGAGCGGUGACGCUGAUCCUGAGGAACAAAAUGAGAUGAAUGUGAUGAGCUCUGACGCUGAUCCUGAGGAACAAAAUGAGAUGAAUGUGAUGAGCGGUGACGCUGAUCCUGAGGAACAAAAUGAGACGAAGUUGAUGAGCACUGACGCUGAUGCUGAGGAACAAAAUGAGACGAAUGUGAUGAGCGCUGACGCUGAUGCUGAGGAACAAAAUGAGAUGAAUGUGAUGAGCGGUGACGCUGAUCCUGAGGAACAAAAUGAGACGAAUGUGAUGAGCGCUGACGCUGAUGCUGAGGAACAAAAUGAGAUGAAUGUGAUGAGCACUGACGCUGAUGCUGAGAAACAAAAUGAGAUGAAGUUGAUGAGCACUGACGCUGAGGAACAAAAUGAGAUGAAUGUGAUGAGCGCUGACGCUGAGGAACAAAAUGAGAUGAAGUUGAUGAGCACUGACGCUGAUGCUGAGGAACAAAAUGAGAUGAAGUUGAUGAGCACUGACGCUGAUGCUGAGGAACAAAAUGAGAUGAAUUUGAUGAGCGCUGACGCUGAUGCUGAGGAACAAAAUGAAAUGAAUGUAAUGAGCACUGACGCUAAUAAACAGGGUGAAACAGGGUUUGACAAUGGCAUACAAGAAAAGAAUGAAACAGAGGACGAGAGUGUGAGCGAAACAAAAAACGAAGAGAUGGAAGUGAUCAAAAAAGACAUUAAUGAUAGUCUUCUUCAAACAGAAAGACAAACCAUUCAUUCUCCCAUUAACCUCCAUCAUGAGGUGCGUUCAGAAGAACUUGUACCACCAACUGAAACCUUCCAUCACAUCUCAAAUGAAGAUCAUCCUUCCCCUGAGGAAGAUGAAAGAGAAGACGACCAAGAUGAUGAAGAUGACUCCCCAAACAUAUCCGCCUCAUGCAGAACUGACCCCGGAGAGUGUGACAGUUACAGUCAAGAGAACACAUUAGCAGACACCCGCCCCUUGAUUCGCUACAAAAGCGAUGAGGAAACAGACAUGAACCCACAAGCGUCACAAUUUGGUGUCGGUGAGAUCAGUGACGGUGAGGAUGAGAAGGAAAAAAUGGACGGAGAUCGGUUGGGUCAGAGUGCCUCCAAACGCUUCAACACCAUGGAGGAUCUGUCUGAAGAACCCGACAUAGAUGUCAUUGGAGAGAUGAUAGCAGAAGAGAUCGUUCAGAAAGAAGAAGAACUGUAUGAUGAAAGAGAGCAGAUGAUUCUUCAUAGUGAACAUGGAGACCAUGAGAUAUGGUGGUGGAGAGAGAAAGUGUGAAAGCAAAUGAUGACAUAGGAGACGAGGUCCAUUUUCUCAAUGUUUAUGAGGAAAAGGAGAAUCCACAACUUUAUCACACCGAACAUGAGGAAAUCGUUGAUUCAUCUGAGAAUCCAGAAAGUGCCAUUUUAA